AUGUGACUUCAGAUCGUUUGUUUACAAUAGCAAGGGAAAAUGUAGCGCUUAGUACUUUCUCUGUUGAGUUUUCCUUGUAAUCACAAAUGACAGGCAGCAUCUGAUAACUUUUUGGCAACGAUGGAGAGAGUUGUUAACAUCGAGACCCUUCCUUAUGAAGUGGUCGAACGAAUACUAAGCGAUUUCAAUGUCAGCGUCGAGGACGUUGUCAGCUGUUCGUUAACCAGUAAAUAUCUUAAUGGGGUGUGUCAGCGUAAUUCUCUGUGGAAAACGAAGUACAGUCAGCAUUAUCCGUACUGUUACGAGUACUCUGAAUCACAGGUUAAAGAAAAAGUGGACUGGAAAGCCAGAUUCGUCGGUAAAUAUAAGAGCAAGAAGAAGCUUGUGCAGUGUAUUUUGGGCUUGUCACGAACGUUCGUUUGGUCCAUGUACCACGAUUAUGAAUGGCCCGACAUACCACGUCGUGCACUCGCUCUCUAUGAGUCCCUAUUUAAAGAGGAAUUUGGCGAUGCUAACAUGUAUUACAUAUUGGAUGAGUGCCAUAACAUCCUAAUCACGAGCCCACAGUGCGUGGAUUUAACACUCAAGUAUUACGCGGAUAAGGUGUACAAUCACAUUUACGACCGGUGUAUCACGAAUCAGAAAUGGGACGAGUUUCUCGCACAACCAGUGAAAUACAACUAUGAAGAAGGGUUGCACUGGAUAGUUGUCAGUCUGCAGCAAGAUCCGAGAACGAAGUUAGGGCCCAAUAUUUGUAUGCAGAAAUGGAUCGCACACAAUUUGGACACACUGGCGGCGCGGACUUUGUCGUACAUUGAAACGAAGUAUCCCAAUAACCCCAUCUGCCUAAAGCAGGAGAGAAAUGAUGAGGAUUCUCCAUGGACAAGUUUGUGGAAAGGUGAACACUGCCUGGAAAUACUGCAAGCCACUCAUCAUAUCAUAAAACACGUGAACCGAUUUAAAAUUAAUAAUAGUUUACUGGGCAGUGGGCCAGAUCAUUAUUGUAUUGAUAAAGUAUUGUCUUAUAAGCAAGGAAGCUCAAAGCUGUUGUUGGUAAUCCAGUCUUGUGUAGCUAGGAGACUUGGUGUCCAUACUGAAGUGCACAAAUGUGUAACAGAUCAUAUUUUGGACACAUGGAAACUGCAUUAUAUUGGUCAAGACAGUGUAAGUGGGUACAUUAAUGGUUGUGAGCUUUGCAAAGAAGAUGAACCAUCAGUGAGUUUGGUCACUGACUGGAGGGAAGGACAGUUGGUGGAUGCACCAGGAAUGUGUCGUGCAAUAAUCCAGCAGAUUGUAUUUUUAGCUGAAUGUUGGCUAAAAGGAGAGCAGUGGCCUGCUGGGGAACCUACCUUGUAUGAUUUGUUGGAUGAAGAAACAUAUCAUCAGCCUAUUCGAUUGUUAUUUACUGCUUGGCAACAUGUUGAGCAUUGGAAAAUGAGCAGGUUAUACCAUUACAUGCAUUGCUUACUCAAAGUAACUGGUAGUGAACAGAUCGAAGGGAAGUUGCUACACUUAAGCAUACUACUACGCAUUAACUCUAAACACACCCUUGAGAAAUUGUUGAAUUUCAGAAGAGGGAUGGGACAGCCUCCAAACACAAUGAGAGAUUUGCUGCGUAUGUUAGCUAGUGUUGAUAAAAGGGCCCGCACUCGUGUUUCUGAAUUGAAGAAUCUUCUGUCAACGGGAAUGACAAAUUAUGCAAGUUUAAACCCACUGGCAAGCAUACCGUGGCCUCAUGGAUGGCCUGGAGGUGAAAUGGUACAAAAACGUAGAGUUGAUCGUAAAAGUUGGCAAGUUCAGUUUGCUGUGGGAGAAGUUCUAGAGCAAAGAGGUGGUGAUCUGUGUGUGGUAUAUGAUUGGGAUUCUAUGUGUGUUGAAAGUGAGGAUACAUUAGUACUGAUGGGAGAAACAGGGUUAGCUCAUGGUACUGAUCAACCUUUCUAUAGGGUUCUCACAGAUGGUGGGUUAGCCAGAUAUCUAGCACAAGAAAACCUUCGACAUGCUCGUCGACCCCGGCACCUUAAAAAUCCAUUGAUUGGUCGCUAUUUUACUGCAUUCAUUUAUCCAUUUUAUAUACCAAAUCCCCAGAAAGCAUAUGAAUAUCCAGAGGAUGCCAAUAUUCGUGAGCAAAAUGCUCUCACUCUCAAGUUGAAAUUUACUGUUAAUGAAUAUAGGUAGCUAAUAUUAGUGUAAGCUAUGGUUCUUAGAGGUUAUAUUUUUUUGAUGCAGUAGCCAUGUACAAAUACCCUAUAAUAGCUGUAAGUAUAUAUAUGCAGUAAUGAUAUUUAUGCAUAUGAAUUACACUGUCCUCUUUCCUGAUUGUUUAAGACUAAUAUUUCAGGAAGGUUAAUGUAAUGCAGUGGCAGAGCCUAUAUAUAGUUCUUGUACAAAUUGCAUAAUUGUUUCUUUCUCAGCAUAGCUAGCCAUUUGGCUCAGUUUGUAUUUUUACAUAGAAAAAUGUAUUUGAAUCUAUUGAUCUUGUAAAGCUCAUGUUAGUUUAAUUGUUACCAUUUUACUAAAUUAUUUAUUUUGUUGCCAAAUGUUAAGCUUGUGCUGUAACAGAUGUUUAUUGCUGUAUUGAAAGUUACUGAACUGAUUAUAUGGUUACUGUAAGAGGGCAACCUGGCUACCUGUUAUCUGUGAUGUACUAGAAAUUUAUUUACUGUAUAUAAACCAAAUUUACUCCUGAUAGAAGAGUGUGUGUUCUGGGCAAAUUUGCUUCUUGUUCUUGAACUUUUAUGCAUGCUAAUAUGCAGAUAUAUGUAAUUUUUUAUUACAUUCCUAUUGUGUCAAAUCUAGUCUUAAGUAUGAAUUGUGUCCUUUCAUAAGUUCAGCCCUGUUAAUAAACAGUUCAAUGUAA